UGCAUUGCGAGGAACGUCAGAAGCCUGCGACUAAACGUGGAAGCGGUGGAGAGGUAGAGAGAGAGACAGUAAUAAUUUCAUCUAGAUUCAAAUUAAAACGUAUUCCAGACUUCUCGGCAGUCGCAGCGGUACGCGUGAGUGUCCAUGUGUGCGUAGACGCUUUGUUAACAAGCGUUGUCACAUUAUUAGCCGUUUUUAAACGUAGUCGUUGAGGAGUGUCGUUUUUUUCUCACGGCGCACGAGGACACGGCGAGAAAUGAAGACUCCCGAACAACAGCAACAACAAAAGGAAACUCUUCAUGAAAGGUUCCAUUUGGACGCUGCUCUGCUGUAUAAAGACACGUGUCCACAGCUGUCACGCUUCCUCAUGCAACGGGCUCUAAAUGCAAUGCCGGAGAAGAAAUCCUCCGCCCUGCAGCAGAGGACCUUGGUGUGUUCGUACUGCUGUCAGUGGCCGGCGCCUGACCAUCCCCUCGUCCGGCUGCGGCCCAAGAAGCGUCCGUCGGCGCGGGUGCAGAGCGUGCUGCGCAGGAAGGCCCGGGGCAAGCGGCUCAGCCUGGUGCAGAGGCGUUUGCUGCAGUGCUUCAUGAAGUCCUGCUCAGUACUGCAGGAACCAACCCGACAAACGAAGAGGACCAAUCAGAUAGGACGUUGGACGAUGUGUUUUAAUGGCAGCGUCGCAGCUCCACAUUCAGAUGCAGCGGCUGUGUUUCCAUGGGGCUGCCGCCUCCACACGAUGGCCACCUGCCACGCUUGCAAUAAGACGUCCAGACACAGAGGAGUGAGCAGGGACUUUAUAGCUACGCUCACAAAGACCCACAGCACACCAGGGAGCGCUGGCAAACCCAAGACCCCACAGUCAAGCAGCAGAUCCAACACGACCACCCCCAAGACUCCUGGCAAAGACAAGACACCUGCUCACACGCCCAGGGGCACCGGCUCCUCAAACGCUUCGGGGCCGGGUUCUUCUUCCUCCAAGUCUUCAUCCAAACCCAAGAAUUGGGUCGUGCAGCGUCUCAGCAAGAUCCUCAUGCGGGAGGACAACAAGGGCAGCAAGAAGGGAGGCUUAAAAGACUUUCUUUCCUCGCUUUGAGUGUGUUUAAGUAACGUGCACUCUUAAAAUGCAAGGUGUUAGGCCCACGUUGCAGCCCGUUGACAGCAAAGGCUAAAGGGAACUAAAUCACAUACCUGGUUUCUGAGCAGCUGUGGAAAGGGUUACUGCUUGCCCACAAACACGACUGUUGCUGGGGUGCUUGCAUGGGCGCUCUUGGAUAUUUUGAAUGCAGCAACUGGGAGCACUGGGCUGUUUAUUCCUACUAUUAAUCAGGGAUCAGCAGCCUCUGCUGAGCUUGGGGAGGAUGCUUCUUGUGUCUAAUGCAGCUCAUGCAUCUUAAUGAUCUGCUCACUUGGAGAUACUUACUUUGAGUGGAAUGUGAAAUUAUGCAGUAUUUAUGCAACAACAUCACAGGAAACUCGUAUUUUUUUCAGGCAGCAACAAUUAUUCCUUCAAAUGAUAAAUGCAUAUACACCUUUUUUAGUACUCAAACUACUUGACGUUGUGACUUUUGUAUUUGUCUGUACUCAUUUAAUUUGAAGAUUUGUGAAGAUAAAGAUUUGUGAGCAUAAGCAUUUUUGUACACAUACAAAUAGUUUUGAGACUGCAAGUCACCAAUAAAGAUAAUAAGAUGGAACUCCUAAAUUGCUGUUUACAGUGUAGGCACAGUUGCCUAAAACCUGUAUGCAAUGCUUUAUUGACCAUUUUUAUAUUUUCAAGGUUAUCCCUUUAUCUUUUGAUACAAGAGGAAUAUACUGUGUUUUCUACUGUCUAUUAGCUGUUUGAUAUGUUUAUUUGUUUCAGUCCUAAAAUACCUCACUUUUGUGUUCCACUUGAUUCUCUGGUAUUAAACCUUUACAGUCA